GCAAGGGCAGCCCGUGUCGUCAGCAUCGCGCUCUUUUGCUUGAGCAAGUCACCCUGAGCCCAGGAAGCAAAACAUGGUGGAGUUACUUAAAACAACAACAACAAAAAAACGCUAUAAAGUUCAGUUGUAGCCACUUUAUUGCAACACAACUCUGGAAAAUAAGUGUAAUAUGUUGCGCCCAAUUCUCACAGCAAACGAACUUACUUCAGCGGUAGAAUUUCAAUGACAACAUUUAGCUAACUUUUCAGUGCCGCUAAUGCUAACGGCUAACGCGCUAGCAGCAAGGAAAGAAGAAUACAGAAAGAGGGCCGUCAGCAGGUUUUAACUAAGAUCAUGGCAUCAGGUUCAAUGGGAUAUUUUAUGAUAUGGAUAUGGACCAGUUCAUUUCCGUGAAGAAAGGGUGGACCUUGACAGCAAACAAGUGGUGCUGCUGAAUUCUAAAGAGACUCAGGCUGAGCUGGGCUGGACAUCGUAUCCCCCCAAUGGAUGGGAGGAGAUUAGCGGCGUAGAUGAGAAGUACAAGCCAAUCCGGACGUACCAGGUGUGCAACGUGAUGGAGCCCACGCAGCAGAACAACUGGCUGCAGACAGGCUGGGUGGCGCGGCGAGGCGGCCAGCGCAUUUUCGUGGAGCUCCAGUUCACGCUGCGUGACUGCAACAGCAUCCCCGGUGUGGCGGGCACCUGCAAGGAGACCUUUAACCUUCUCUACGUCGAGUCGGACAGAGAUCUCGGCGGCGUGACCCGAGAAGACCGCUACACAAAGAUCGACACCAUCGCUGCCGAUGAGAGCUUCACGCAGGGCGACCUGGGCGAGAGAAAGAUGAAGCUGAACACGGAGGUGCGUGAGAUCGGCCACCUCAACCGCAAGGGCUUCCACCUGGCUUUCCAGGAUGUCGGCGCCUGCGUGGCCCUAGUGGCCGUGCGGGUGUACUACAAACGCUGCCUGGCAACCGUCCAGAACCUGGCAGUGUUCCCCGACACUGUGGCCGAGGCGGCCUUCGCCACGCUGGUCGAGGUGCGCGGCACCUGCGUCAACAACUCUGAGGUUGACACAGACAGCCCUCCCAGGAUGCAUUGCAGCGCCGAGGGGGAAUGGCUGGUGCCUAUUGGGAAGUGCAGCUGCAGCGCCGGCUACGAGGAGGGACACAGCAGCUGUGAAGCGUGUCCCCCUGGCUCUUACAAGAUGUCCUCCAGGCAGCAGGAGUGUUUUCCCUGCCCGGCCAACAGCGUCGCAGAGGAGGAAGGAUCUGUGGUGUGUGUGUGUGAGGAGGACCACUUCAGAACCCCGCUGGACACACCCUCAGCGCCAUGCACAAGGCCCCCUUCCCCACCCCGAGACUUGGUCUACACCCUGAAGCAAUCCACUCUGAUCUUGGAGUGGGCUGCACCGUCCGACACAGGAGGCAGGGCGGAUCUGACCUACAGCGUGGCGUGCCGGAGGUGUGUCGGGAGGCAGUGCGAGCCGUGUGGGGCGAGCGUCGGCUUUGUGCCUCAACAGGUGGGCCUGACGGAAAGAACCGUGACCGUGGUCAACCUUCUCCCCAACACCAACUACACGUUUACGGUAGAAGCCUUGAACGGAGUGUCGGAGCUGCUGCCCAAAAAGAGGUUCUACACCCAGGUCAACGUGUCAACGAGCCUGCCUGCACCGUCGCUGAUCAGUGCGCUGCGAGCAGAGAAGAUCGAGCAGAAGAGCAUAACAUUGGUGUGGAGGGAGCCCUCCUACCCGAACAGCAGCCGCACUGAAUAUGAGGUCAAAUACUACGAGAAGGAACAAAAGGAUCAGAGUUAUUCUACUGUGAAGACUGCCGCCACACGGAUCAGUGUCAACAACCUCAAACCUGGCACCACAUACGUCUUCCUCAUCCGCCCUUUCUCCACGCCGGCCCCCUCCUCAUCCUUGUCCUCCUCCCCCCCUCUCUCAUCCUCCUCCUCCUCAUCCUCCUCUGCUUCUUCCUCCUCUACUUCAUCGUCCUCCUCUUCGUCAUCGUCGUCCUCCUCCUCCUCCUCUCCGCCGCCCAUCGACUACGGAGCGUACAGCGCUCCCCUGGAGCUGCAGACACUUGGCGAGUUGGCGCUGGCGUCCAGUGAACAGAGUCCGGUGGUGAUCAUCGUCGUCGUGUCCGUGGCCGCCCUCAUCAUGCUGCUCUCCAUGGGAGCUGGACUGCUAAUCUGGAGGAGACAAUGCGGAUACAGCAAAGCUUCUCAAGAGGGAGACGAGGAACUUUACUUCCAGUUUAAGAUCCCAACACGGAGGACCUACAUUGACCCAGAGACAUGCGAGGACCUGUUGCAGGCCGUGCACGCCUUUGCCAAGGAGCUGGAUAACUCGAGCAUCAAGAUAGAGAGAAUUGUGCACACAGGCGACUUUGGGGAGGUGUGUCGCGGUUGCCUGAAGUUGCCCAGUAAGAGAGAGCUGCCAGUGGCCAUAAAGACGUUAAGGGCCGGAUGCUCUGACAAACAGCGUCGCUCCUUUCUCAGCGAGGCCGGCAUCCUGGGGCAGUUCGACCACUCCAACAUCAUCCGACUGGAGGGCGUCAUCACCACUGGUAACACCAUGAUGAUCAUAGUGGAGAGCAUGUCUAAUGGAGCAUUAGAUUCCUUCCUUAGGAAACACGAGGGCCAGCUGAGUGUAAUGCAGCUGAUGGAUAUGCUGACUGGGGUGGCAUCAGGGAUGAAGUACCUCACUGAAAUGGGCUUCGUCCACAAACGGCUGGCUGCACACAAGGUGCUGGUUAACUCCAACCUGGGCUGCAAAGUAUCUGGCUUCAGACCUCUUCAGGACGACAAGAUUGAGGCCAUCUACACCACACUGCAUGGCGGUAAGAGCGUGGUGCUGUGGACCGCUCCCGAGGCCAUCCAGUACCAUCGCUUCUCCUCUGCGUCAGAUGUCUGGAGCUUUGGCAUUGUGAUGUGGGAGGUCAUGUCCUACGGAGAGAGACCCUACUGGGAUAUGGGCAACCAGGAUGUGAUCAAGGCCAUCGAGGACGGUUUCAGGCUCCCGGCUCCGGUGAACUGUCCUCCGCACCUCCAUCAGCUGAUGCUGGACUGCUGGCAGAAGGAGAGGACAGAGAGGCCCACCUUCAGCCAGAUCCACUCAGCCCUCAGCAAGAGCAUCCGCUCCCCUGACGGCAUUGGUUCCUCCACCCUGGCACGCAGAACCCUGAGUUCAUCCAUCACGCUAGCAGAGAGGCCUCUCCCCUCCUUCCCGUCGUUUAACUCGGUGGGAGAGUGGCUGGACGCCGUGGACAUGGGCCGAUACAAGGACAACUUCACCGCUGCAGGAUACUGCUACUUGGAGUCCGUGGCAAGAAUGACUGUGCAAGACGUACUGAGCCUUGGCAUCACUUCCCUUGAGCACCAGAAGCUGAUCCUGGCUGCCAUCCAGACCCUCAGAGCCCAGGUCAUCCAAAUGCACGGCCGCGGUGUGCAGGUCUAACAAAGAGUCGACACACCCAGUCUCACGCUGCUGCUGCAGACCUAUGAGCAUGUGCAGAUGGAUGAUGGGGUGGAGAAGAGGAGAGAACGGAAGGAAAGACGAGCAGAUCUUUCAGCCAACUGCACUCCUCUAUCCGUUCGUCCUUCCCACACUUCCUCAUGCCUUCCUUGAUUCCUUACUUCCUUUUUUUCUAUCAGUCCCCCUCAGAGACAAGCGGUGUUGCUGUUGCGAUUGAGGGGGGGUAGCUGAGGAGUGAUGUCAUGUGACCUUUUUUUGUGACUUCUAUCUGCACUUCAGUAACUGUGUCAGCUCCAUCUCACUGGUUCUGGAUCAGUGCGUAAAGACAAAUGAAAUACUGUCUGUAGCAGGACGGGCUCUGUCUGAAGCUGACCUCUGAAAGCUGCGGGUGGGCGGCCCAGAUGAAGCCAACAUGCCGGUUAUGGACUAGCGCUCAAAGAAAUGUUGACAUUUUGGGUGGAAUUUCCCUUUACCACAACAUUGAAUCACUGAAGACAGUAUAUAGUCAAAGUCAGGAACAAUUUUACUGACCUUGGAUCAAAUUACUCUCUCCUCAGAACUGGCACAGCUGAUUUCAAAUCAAACAGGAAGCGAUUGACUUUACCGGGAUAAUCAUAUCAUCGUGUGUCAGAGCUGAUCUCGUAUCAGGCAGGCGGAGGAACACUUGUGAAGAUUAAACAUGGCUGGAAUGUAAACUGCGGUUUCAGAGCAGCAGCUUGAGAAGACUGUGCUGUCCCAUGUAGAAGGUCCAGUGAGGCUGAGUUUGGACGGUGGAUGAGGCCUCAAAAGCAUACAGUGUAGUCCUAAAUGCAGCAUAUGAAGAGUGCUGAUGGGGUGAUGGAGCUGCAGUAAGCUGUGGGUGGUGACAUAAUGUACAUUCAGGAACAUCAGCCUGCUUUUUUUUUGUCUGUGGGGCCGCUGAUAAAGGAGAAAAGCUGCAGGAUACAACUGUAAAGUGAAAGGUUCAAAACGUGCGUUUGAUUGUUCAUUUAUUUAUUGUAUGUCGCUGUCUGCUCUUGAUUCUAUUUUCUGUAUUUCUUUUACCUUCCUCUCGCCUUCCCCAUGCUUUGAAGUUGUUUUCUAUGUGCAUUUAAAACGUCCAAUUUUUCCUUUUUUUUUUUUUUAGCCUGCUGGAUGUCAUCUCGGUAACAUAAUCCUCCUCUCCAAAGCCUCCCUCACUACCAUAUUUAAUACUCUGUGUAGAGCACAGGCGAACUCUGGAAGAUGAUUCAGAUAUUUAUCCAUAUUUAUUUAUGUUUACACACUGCAACACAAAUCUCUCUAGAAAAGAGGUUAGGAUCAUUUAUUUAUUCAACUAGUAUUUAAAAAAAACUGUUGAGAAAAAGCAGUUAUCUCCUCUUGUUUUGUUUUGUUUUGUUUUUUUGUCCAGUUGAUUAUAUGAUUGUGAGUUUCUGCCUGAACAGAUUAGUUGUUUUAGUACACAGGAAGUGAGAGGAACACUGGAGGAUUUCUACUGUCAGCACACAGUAUCUGUGUAUUCUCGAGCACUGGAUUUGAUACGGUUAAUUCUUUUUGUCCAUGAUCUCUGGGUUUGCUGUAUACAUUACAGUGAGUGUGUUGCAGCAUGGAUACAGUAUUAAGGAAUGUCAUGUGGGCUUCUUUUCUUUGUAGCUGUUGGCUUAUCAUGUUUAAUUUUGUGUUGCUGUUAAUAUCAUGCUAUGCCAUACUUUGUGGUUGCACUUUCUUUUUUCCCAGGUAAUUCCCACAGUUUUCUCUGUACAGUGAUCUGCCCCUCGCCUUUUACGUCAUAUUUCAAUACCGGAGACUUGAAGGAAGAAUUUUAUCGGGGCAUUAUUUGAUUAUCAUACGGCUUCACGAUAGAAGGUACGUGCAUUUUUGACUGGAAUAUUGUAAUUGGUUUGUAUUUGGUAUUUUUUGGUUUGGUUUAUGUUUUAUCCGCUCAUACUCUCCUCCUCUCUUUCUCUGUAACGGUUUUGUCAAAUGAAACAAACUCAUAUGUGCUCAUAGUUAUCGCUCACAUGUUAACAUAGCUGAAGAAACACGUCGAUGUUCCCCGUUAACACACACACACGCAGACACAAAAGCCUACAAAACACACACACACAUACACAUUGUCGCCAACACUCAACAAACUGGACCUCAUCACCACGAUGAAUGAAAUACGAUUUGUUUCCCCCCUCUCUGUUACUGUGACCAUUAUGAUAUGUUUAAUACUGUAAAUAUGUAUUUGAAAAUGCUAAAUCUAUUUUUAUAAUUUGUUUGAAGAACAAUGUGUUGAAUAUAAUAUCUGCUCACUGUGUAAGGGUUUUAUUUGUUUGAAUUUUAGGGACAUAGCCAAGAAACCCUGGUGUUUGGAAUAUAAAACUCUUUUUUUCUUCUUCUUUUUUUUUUUGAUGAUUUUUACCUGUUAGAGGAAAAUCUGAUGGCUGUUGCAAAAUUGAAACGUGUUAUUAAAAAAUCUCCAGUACA